AUGAUGGUUUAUAGCGCAACGUCAAUAAUACUAAUACAUAACAAGAGAUGCACAAUUGGAUGCCCCCAAUCCCGAAAAGGGCAAGUAGUGACAGGUAUCAACGGCGAAGUGAAUCACAACGCCAUCGGAAAAAAGGUCACGUGCUCUGCCACAAGGUUGAGCAGGCGUCCCGUAACAACUGGCUUGAUAACACUAGCAGCAGCAGCAACAGCAACAAUGGUAUUAUCGGUGGUGGUGGGGGCAAAUGCAGCGGAGCUCCAACGAACCCAAGAACAAGAAGAAGCAGGAGGAACUCUGUCCAACAUACCACAGAUGCUGUCGAGCGAAUGCGUCUCUGGCCAGCAGGACUGCAAGAAGGCUAGGAGGAUCCAGCGACCUAAGUCGAGGCAAGCUGAGUCAUGCACCAUCAAGUGCGUCACCACUUGCAUCCGAGGCGGCCUUGGCUCUCCCGGCGAAGGCCCUCUCAACGUUCGAAGGUAUUAUUACUAUUAA